UACAGAGAGAGACAUAUGCAGGAUUAUAGAGCUAAACCCGGCCAGCAGCAGCCACGGAGACGACUGCAACCGCGUUCAUUCAAUGCGCCGCACCCAAGAACAAGCACCCAGGAACGCGUUUGCCACUUUUGAUUUUGCGCGGAAUUAUAAUGCCAGAGGCCCCCUUGAAUCGAAUGUAAUGUGAACACCUACAGCAAUGUGGUUCUUUUCCUGCAGAUGAGCUGCUGUUUUGUCCUCUCCCCCCCUCCACCUCCUCUUCCUCCUCCUCCUAUCCUCCUUUCAUCAUAAUUCAAGAUCAUCUUCAAUUCACUGGACUCUCCUAGACCUGUUUAUGAAGACGGAGUGGGGACCGUAAUGACCGCACGCUUCCGGUUGCCUGCUGGCAGAUCUUACGAUGUGGGAGCGUUGGAGGAGGCCAGAGAGAGACAGCACGCGCAGGUGGAGUGUAACGUUUUACUGCUGGACAACACAGUGCAGACCUUCAGAGUCAAUAAGCAAGAUCAGGGGCAGAUCUUGUUGGACGUAGUGUACAAACACUUGGAGCUAACAGAGCGAGAUUACUUCGGCCUUCAGCUAGCAGACGACACUUCUGACACACAGAGGUGGCUGGAUCCAAACAAACCUGUUAGAAAACAGCUCAAAAGGCCGUCUCCGCAUAAUCUAAGGUUCAGGGUGAAGUUUUUCGUGGGCGACCCUGGUAAAUUACAGGAAGAGUACACAAGGUAUUUGUACUUUCUGCAACUGAAGCAGGAUAUUCUGAGUGGCAGGCUUCCUUGUCCACAAAAUACUGCAGUUCUUCUGGCUUCUUAUGCAGUUCAGGCUGAACUGGGAGACUACAGUCACUCUGAGCAUUUGUCCGGCUAUCUGUCGGAGUACAGCUUCAUUCCCAAUCCUCCGCAGGACUUCGAGAAGGAGGUCGCCAAACUUCACCAAGAGCACAAUGGACUCACACCAGCUCAGUCCGAGUUUAACUACUUGAAUGCUGCGCGGACGCUGGAGCUCUACGGCGUGGAAUUGCACUAUGCUCGGGACCACUGUAACACAGAGAUUUACGUUGGAGUUUUGUCCGCUGGCAUCUCGGUCUAUAAGGACAGGGUACGAGUCAACCACUUUCCAUGGUUUAAAAUUGUAAAAAUAUCUUUUAAAUCGAAGCAGUUUUUUAUACAACUUAGAAAAGAACUGACUGAGUGCAGAGAGUCUCUUCUGGGCUUCAACAUGAUGAACUAUCGGGCCUGUAAGAACCUGUGGAAGUCCUGUGUGGAGAACCACACGUUCUUCAGGCUGGAGCGGCCCGUUCCUCCAGAGAGAAACCUCUUCCUGCACUACUUCACCCUCGGCUCCAAGUUCCGCUACUGCGGGAGGACGGAGGCUCAGUCUGUACAGUAUGGGAAGGAAAGAGGCAACAAGAACAGAGUUUUUGCACGGUCACCAAGUAAGCCUCUGGUCAGGAGACUGAUGAGUGGUUUGGACUGGGAGACCGUCAGCAGGAAUUCCCUCCCGGACGACCGACUGGAGACUCAAAGUCUGCCGAACCGCUCUCCGCCAGACUCACCAGAUCACAGUAACUCAGUGUUUACCACUGAGGGGGCUCGGAUCAGGCCAUCUUCCAUUGGUCACUUGGUUGAUCAUGUAAUCGAUGACUCGCCAUGCCAGACGUUCACCAAUCACAAGUCGGCGUCCUCCACGCAGGCCAACAGCAUCAGCCUGGACUCAACACCGUCGCCGGAUGUGACGACAGAUGAACAGCCACCGGCUUUGCCUCCCAAACAGUUCCGAAAAGAUCCUCUAAACCACAACGGCAGAUCUCAGUCUCAGCACGAGCUGGACGAUCACGAUCACCUCAGCGAAUUAUACAACGUCCCUGCGGCGUCUGGGAAGAGUAUGAAUGGAGCAGUUCCUCAUGACAAUCUUGUUCUGAUUAAAAUGAGGCCGGAUGAAAACGGGCGUUUUGGAUUUAACGUUAAGGGUGGCGCUGAUCAGAGGAUGCCCAUCAUCGUGUCUCGUGUGGCUCCAGGAACACCUGCUGAUAUGUGUGUACCGCGGCUCAAUGAAGGCGAUCAGGUGGUGCUCAUCAACGGCCGGGACAUUUCAGACCACACACACGAUGACGUGGUUAUGCUAAUUAAGGCCAGCUGCGAGGACCAAUCAGGAGAGCUGAUCCUACUCGUCAGGCCCAAUGCCAUCUAUGAUGUGGACGAGGAACAGGAGAAGCUUGAUCUGGAGCCGGAUUUCCAGUAUAUUCCAGAGGCGUGUGGUCUGGAGAGUCACUCAGAAGCCGACAGUCUGAGAUCCUCCAUUCAGCUGCUCAGAGACGGACUUGCCAGCGGCACCGUACUCGCACAGUUUGACCAAUUGUACAGGAAGCGUCCCGGGAUGUCCAUGUCUUGCGCCAGAUUGCCACAAAACGUCUCCAAAAACCGUUAUCGGGACAUUUCUCCAUACGACAGCACUCGAGUCAUACUGAAGGGGACGGAGGAUUAUAUCAAUGCAAACUUCAUCAAUAUGGAUGUGCCGAGUAAAGGGGAAGUAAGGCGGUAUAUUGCUUGUCAAGGGCCGCUUCCGGGCACCUGCUCAGACUUCUGGCAGAUGGUGUGGGAACAGAGCGCCGCCCUGGUGGUCAUGCUCACCACACAAGUUGAACGGGGCAGGGUGAAAUGUCAUCAAUAUUGGCCGAAUGUUUCGGCGAGCGGCACAUAUGGAGGUUUUCAGGUUACGUGUGUGUCAGAGGAGGGAAACUGUGCGUAUCUGCUCAGAGAUCUGACUCUCACACAUCUAGAGAGUAAAGAAGAAAGGCAGAUUUGUCAGAUGCAGUACCUGGCGUGGCCUGAUCACGGUGUGCCGGACGAUUCCUCAGACUUUCUAAACUUCGUCAGUCAAGUGCGCAGCAAAAGAGCCGACGGGCCAGAACCUGUGGUGGUUCAUUGCAGCGCUGGGAUUGGCCGCACCGGUGUACUGAUCACCAUGGAGACAGCGAUGUGUUUAAUAGAAGGUGGUCAGUCAGUGUAUCCGCUGGACAUCGUCAGAACCAUGAGAGACCAGCGGGCCAUGAUGAUCCAGACUCCAAGCCAGUACCGCUUUGUCUGCGAAGCGAUUCUUAAAGUUUACGAUGAGGAGAUUGUAAAACCGUGCGAGACUGAGCCUUCGGUUGAAAAGGAAGAGUGAUCACCAGACGCAGCGUUUCUGAGGCUAUUCUGCGAUUUACAACUACUGCCAGUGAGACCUGCACUCAGCUCGCUGUCGCCCCCCCUGCUGGAAGGCAGCGGAAAUGACCGCCUGCAAGCUAGAAUACAGACGAAAAAGCACUAUUGCACUUUACAGCGACAAACAAUGACUUAAGGGGAAUUUUCGUUUUUUUUUUUUAAAGGAUCAGGUUACUGAUUAAUAGGUACUGUUAAUAAUGUUAAUUAUUUGGGUUGGAGAACGAAAUUUGCUUUUCGCUUUCGUGCCAAAAGCUGAAAUGAGCCACAGUCCAUGUCAGAUUUAACCAACUAACGACGGCAUUUGACAUUUUAUUAGUUAUUUAUUUGUUUCGUUUUAAAAGCGGACGUAAAAGCAACGGGUGCUCGCCCCCUAUUUCUCUUUCCUUUUCCUAACUGUGACUGUAAUCACUUUAAUGUUUACGUAUCAAACGCGUUUAAACUGUUAACGUUGUUUUUUUUUAUUAUUAUUGUUAAACAAAGCAGUCAGUCGAUAAAGGUUUUAACACACAUUAUUUUGGCAUUUUUUUAACGUACUUUCACCUUUUCGUAAAUUUAAUUUCGUUAUUUGUAAUCUGAUAUGAUUUUGAUGGUAAAACGGUUCUCUAUAAAUGUAGUAAAAUAAUAAAAAAGGCCACCAGCUAUGUUAAAAAUGAGCCAUGGUGAAGAUGUUUCUCGCUGCCAAUUUUCACAGCUGUUUGCCUCUAAAACCGAUUGGCGAAUCGCUAUGGCUAAUCUCUAUUUAUCAAAAGGCUACGUGUCGUAUAUUUGUAUGGUUAAAUAUGCAUCAGGCAGCUGUUCUGCUCUCGGAUCCACGUUUGCCCGAAGCAUUUUAUUUUGAAAUUAAAGCUGUGAAUUUAAUUUGAUGGGUACGAAGGUACGAAUUUAACGUACGAAUUAGCUUAGCAUCCUCUCUGGUUAGCUUUAAGUUAAUUAAAAUACAAAUUUUCCCCCAAAAGAUUAUGAUCAAAUUUUUCAAUUUAAGUUGCUCCCCCUUAAUACAAAUAAUUUAGCGUUUUUCGUUGAGUAGAACUCUCUGCUCCACUAAAAGUCUGCUAAUCAUUGGUUAUGCUUAUCCAUAACGCCUCUUAACUGGUUAUCGGUUAGCUAUUAACCGUUAACGACAAUAUACUUGUUAGGUGGUAAUAGUUCACUUAGUACUUUCUGUGGCUGUAGAGACGAUGGCAUUAAUGAACUUAUAGGCCAUUUUAACGUUCUAUUCACUGAAAGAGCGAAGUUUAACAAAUGCUAACGAUCAAUAAAUUUAAUACGUUUUUUUUUUUUUUUUUUUUUUGUGAAUGUGAUUUUUCCGCAUUCUGAUAGAUAUGAAUUAUGGAGCGAAAUAGUUUUAAUGUGACCUUAGUUGUUAUUUUUACAUACAUUUCCCCCGUGUACAAUGUUUUUGUGGUGCCAUUGCGCAAACGAUUUGGCGUCAAGGACCAAUCCUGCCCACCGUUUUGAAUGUGAGCCGAUUUUGCUUCAGUGUACGUCGUUUUAGCGCAGCAGCUAGACAUUUACUGCCGACGUUGCGUCGGAAGUGGUGGUAUUUUUGUAUUCGAUGAGAAAAAAAACGAACGAAAAAAAAGGACAGCACUUUGCAACUGACUGUGGUAGUCAGCUGUGCUACUGUAGAAUUUAUACUGUAAUUGUGUGAUGGGGGAAAAAUAUGCUGUUGAAUUAUUUAUGUUGAACAUUUUGUCAAAUACGGACACCUAUGGGGGGCUCUUAACUACAUAGUGUCAUAUGUGAAAUAUUUGUAAAUACAAUGUUAUAUAUUAAAAGUGUUCUGAAA